AUGGCAGCAAUCCCUGGAGGUGCUCCGCCAGAUGAGCGAGAAUUCGUUGGAGGUGAACGCCUUCCACGCCAGCAGCGAGCCAUCCGCAGCUGCGGCGCGUGGGCGAGCGCGGUCGCCCUGCUGGCAAGCCUCAUGGAGGUCGCCGAUGCGGUUUGCUUCAACGCGGCCAUUGCCUCUUGCAGCAGUGGAGGUGGCUGGCAGAUGGCGCUGCACUUGCUGGGCGCCAUGGGGCAGCAGAUGCUGGAGCUUGGGGUCAACAGUUGCAACUCCGGCAUCAGCGCCUGCGGCCGAGCAGGGCAGUGGGAAGCUGCGCUGGCGGUCUUCUCCAGCAUGGCGUCUGAGAGGAUCAGCCGCACUGCGAUCAGCUUCAAUGCGGCUAUGAGCGCAUGUGAGAAGGCGACGUGCUGGGCCGGCGCGCUGGUCCUCUUCGAGCAGCUUGCGCUGCAGGAAGCGCCUGACGCGGUGGGCUACGGCGCUGCCAUCAGCGCCUGCGCCAAGGCAAGCGCCUGGGCCGCAGCGCUGGGGCUGCUGGGCGAAGCUGGUGCCAGGGCCUCCGGGAUCUGUUGGAAUGCGGCAAUCACAGCGUGCGAGAAGGGCGAGCAGUGGGAGCGCGCCUUGCUGCUCCUGUCCCGGAUGCCCGACUAUCAGCUCAGGCCUGACGUGAUCAGCUGCAACUCCGCCAUCAGCGCCUGCGAGAAGUCGAGCAGCUGGCAGUUGGCGCUGGCUUUGCUGCACAGUGCGCCUGAGACGGACAUCAUCAGCUUCAAUGCAGCGAUCAGUGCGUGCUCGAAGGGCCGCUUCUGGACGUUGGCGCUAGACCUUCUGGCUGCCUUGCCAGCCCGGCGCCUUCGCCGCGACGGCGUCACCUUCGCCGCCGCGGCAAAUGCCGCGGCGCCCUGGGCCGCGGCGCUGGCGCUGCGGACCGCGGCGGCGGUGGAUGGGGUGCCGCGCAGCACCGCCGGGGAGGUUCGGGCCAUCGAUGCUUGCGGGCAACAACACUGGCAGCACGCGCUGAACCUGCUGUUCCCUCCGAUGACGGAGGCGAACUGCUUCCAUGCGGCGUUGGGCGCCUGUGUGGGGCACUGGCAGCAAGCGCUGCAGGUGAUGUUCGAGAUGCAGCAGCUGCGUCUGCACAUCGGUGGCGUGUCCUGGGGCACAGUGCUGCGCGCCAUGCUCCUCGGAGGCGAAGAGGAGCUGGCUGCGAGGUACUCCGAGCAGCUCAGGCGCCAGUGCCUGGCCGAGCCGCUGCCGGAGCUGCCGGAGCCGGUGCUGCGUGAUGCUGGCCUUGAGGUCGUGCAAGGCAAGGGCGUGCUGGCGGUUUUGAAGCCAGGGAAUUGCACAAGCGAGAGUGUGCUGGAGCUCUUCUCAGCACGGCUGCGCGCGGAGUUGGCGUUGGUGUCUCGCCUGGACGCGGGCACCAGCGGAGUGCUGCCGCUGGCCGUGGGCCGCGGCGGCCGGCGCUGGCUGGAAGCCCAGUUCGGGGCGCGCCAGGUCCACAAAGAGUACAUCUGCCUUUGCGCCGGCGAGAGCUUUGGUGCAGAAGGCACUCGCUUCUCCAUAGACACGCCCCUGCUGCUGUCCAACAGCUGGCAUCAGUGCGCCCAGCCCCGCGUGGUUCCUUCUCCGGAGGGCAAAGAGGCGCGCACGGAGGUCGAAGUCCUUGAGAUGUUCGAUCCGCUUCGCGAGGACACGGAGGCCGUCAUGCUGUUGGCAGUGAGCCCGCUCACGGGCCGGACGCACCAGAUCCGCGCCCACUUGUCCAGCCUGGGGCGGCCUUUGGUGGGGGACCGCCUCUAUGGGGAUAAGUCCAGGCUCGGGUGCCGGGUCUUCCUCCACUGCCGGCGCCUGCGGCUGCUGGACCUCGCAGGGGUCUUCAAGGCGGAGUUCCAGCUGCCGGAGGCAGAUUCGACUCGUGACCUGCGGAAUGUCCUGGCCAAGCUGCGGGAAAAAGGGCGCUGA